AAGAGUAAUUGUAAUAUAUCAACACCACAAAGGGUUCUGAUCUGCCCUUCUAUUAAAGUUCGCUGUGCCAAACCGCACCCAAUGACUCAAUGGCGAAGAUCCCCAGAUUAAGCGAACCAGUUUAGCACUUUGACCCAGUUAAAAUGGGCAGUUAAAAUUGAUUACCACCGAGAUGCCGACAAGUUGACUGAACUUGCCCAUUACCAAGAAUCUUUCUGCAGAUCUUAUCUUAGUAAAGACUCGAGUAUAAAAGAGGCCAGCGAAAAUCGAAGAAUUAACAGUUCUUCACAAUGAAUCGCAGAGUGCAAAUAUUGGUGAUUUUGGGCCUGGUUUUUGGCAGUCAAGCGCGUAUUCCCAACCUGCGGCGAGUUGUUGGAUCUGGCCGUAGUAGCUUGGAUAUAGAUGUCGAGGAACCGAGUGGUCCACAAAUUCUCAUCUAUUCCCCCGGCGAUGCCAUGGCACGAUCCGAUGACCAGGAGCCCACCUUCCAUGAACCACAAAUCAGGGAGGAAGUGGCGGACACCGAACCGGAUAAGGACAGUCGCAAAGUUCCCGAUUACCUCUACUCGAAUGCCAUACCCAUGGUUAAUGAUCAGAAUGUGAAGUAUGUGGUUCCACAAGUGGCCGCUUUUCCCGUGGCCUAUGGCCCUCAAUUAAUAUCCAACAAGAAUGCCAUUAGCUCGAAUCAAGGAAAUGGCCUUUCCUAUGUCGUGGUGCCCCGCGUCCAAUUGGGUUUCAAUGUUCAAGGACAAUCGGGUUUCAAUUGGCCUGGUCUGAAUUUGCUGCCAUCGAAUCUGGCCGGUGAAUCCACCGCGACUGAGAAGGAGGAGCUUCAUCCACCCACUGCCUACAUUCCCAUUCCUGUGCCCGGACCUCCUGGCCCGCCGGGCCCACCAGGUCCACCAGGGCAGCGGGGACCUGCAGGACCACCAGGUCCACGGGGUCCCCGAGGUCCUGCCGGCGAGUCUGGCGUUAUUUCAGCUCAAAAACCUCAGAGCAUUUGGUACACCCAAGCGGGUAGCAGCAAUAAUAACUUUAAUAGCAAGCCCCAGUACAACCAGCCAUUUUCCGGUGGUUAUCAAAGCUAAAGAGAAACAUAAAUAAAUGAUACUCUAUUUUGAAAAA